UGAUGGUCAUUCAGGCCUUACACCCUCCCUCAUCACAAGUCACCUAACGGAAGCUUAACUAUCCCCAUCAAGAAUUGGAGUGGAAGAAGCCUAGCUUUUACUCUGAUAGAGAGGGAGAGGAGAGAGAGAGCGAGAGAGAGAGAGAUUCCAAUUCCCCAAUCAAAGGAAGUGGAGGAAGAGGAGGAAGAAGAAGAAGCGGGGCUCUGAGGUAUCCAGCGAGUUGCAGUGUCUCCACAAUUGGAGGGGAGGGAUGCUUGUUCAGAACCGCUCCGCCCAUGAUCCUCGGCUCUCCAACAACCACCGCCGUUCCACUGUGUCCGCGGUUGCUACCACCGGCGACGUCGGCAAGGGUUUAGACGGUCUCGCUUCCUGGACCUCCGAAAAUCUGUCCAAGAUCGUUAUUGCCGGGCUUUUCAUCGCCUCCGCUGCUGCUGUCAUUAUCCUACUUCCAGGCAUUGGCGACACUGCUGCUUUUCUUUGCUUCGAGAGAUCUGAGUCCUCUCACUUCGAUUCAUCCCGCAUUCACCUACCCUCUGUCAACUGGAACUCCGUCCCUCGUAUCGUUCCGGCCAUAUCAGAUCCAUUCUAUUCCUUUCGCGCAGAACGUUGGAUCGUCGUCGCAGCUCCAUCGCACUCUCUGCCCUCCGCUACCCUCCGUCGCUUGGCUGGUACCAAGGGCUGGCAGCUUCUUGCAGUGGCCACAUCCCGAACUCCUCUUGACUUCACACUUAAAGGCGCUAUCAUUCUCUCACUCGAACUCCAAUCCCGACUCGGCUUCCGCUCCACCGCCUUCCUCCCUUAUGAUUCCCAUGUCCGCAAGUCCAUCGGCUACCUAUUCGCUAUCCAGCACGGCGCACGCCUGAUCUACGACACAGAUGACCGGGCGGAUGUAUUAGACGGUGACAUCGGCCGGCGAUUUGACCUACAGCUCUCCAGCGGUAACGAAAUCCUCCUCCAGUACAGUCACCAUGACCCUAACCGCACGGUUGUCAACCCCUAUAUCCACUUCGGCCAACACUCGGUCUGGCCGAGGGGUCUCCCUCUUGAUUGCGUCAGCAAAAUCGACCGUGAAGAGUUCUACACGGAGGUCUAUGGCGGUAAUCAGUUUAUACAGCAAGGCCUCUCUGAUGGGCUCCCUGAUGUAGACGCUGUGUUCUACUUCACCCGCAAGUCCUCUGGGCUCGAAGCCUUUGAUAUCCGAUUCGACGGAGACGCUCCAAAGGUGGCGCUUCCUCAGGGAAUCAUGAUACCUGUCAACUCUUUCAACACUCUGUUCCACUCCCAGGCUUUCUGGGCUCUGAUGCUCCCUGUCUCCGUUAGCUCCAUGGCAUCUGACGUGCUGCGUGGAUAUUGGACGCAGAGGAUUCUAUGGGAGAUUGGUGGUCAUGUUGCAGUUUACCCGCCGACCAUACAUCGAUUAGAUAAUGCGCAAGCCUACCCUUUUGCUGAGGAGAAGGACCUUCAUGUCAAUGUGGGCCGGCUGAUUGAUUUCUUGUUGUCAUGGAGAUCAAACAAGGCCACCCUUUUUGAAAGGAUUUUGCAUCUCAGCUACGCUAUGGCUGAGGAGGGGUUCUGGUCUGAAGUGGACAUGAGGUUCACUGCGGCCUGGUUACAGGACUUACUGGCUGUUGGGUACCAGCAGUCAAGGCUGAUGUCUUUGGAGCUGGAUCGGCCUAGGGCGAUGAUUGGGCAUGGUGAUAGGAAAGAAUUUUACCCCAGGAAGCUUCCUUCUGUACAUCUUGGAGUUGAGGAGGUUGGGAUUGUGAGUACUGAGAUCGGAAACCUCAUAAAGUGGAGAAAGAACUUUGGGAAUGUUGUUCUUGUGAUGCACUGCAGCAGGCCGGUUGAUCGGACAGCUCUGGAGUGGAGGUUGCUGUAUGGCAGGGUGUUCAAAACUGUAAUCAUAUUAUCAGAGGAGAGAAAUGCAGAUCUUAUGGUGGAAGAAGGUCAUUUAUCGCAUGCAUACAAGUACUUGCCCAAGAUAUUCAGCAGGUAUGCUGGAGCAGACGGCUUCAUAUUCCUCCAAGAUAAUUUGAUUCUCAACUAUUGGAAUCUCCCCAACGCCGAUAAGAACAAACUAUGGAUCACCAACAAGGUUUCUGAAUCAUGGUUUACCUCUAACAUUGAUUCCAACAGCUCUCAGUGGGCUAUAAACCAAGCCUCUCUACUAAAGCAGGCCGUGAAUAAUUUCCCUGCUCAUUUCCAAACCAACUACAGGAACAGCAAUGGCGAGCAGAGUCUCACCAUCUGCGGGAGUGAGCUAUUCUACAUUCCUCGCCGUUUCGUCGCCGACUUUGUUGAUCUCGUUGAGCUUGUAAGAAACCUCGAUAUUCACCACAUAGUCGCAGUGCCCAUGAUCUUUAUGGCCAUGGAUUCGCCUCAGAAUUUUGACUCGGAUGCGCUGUCGAAAACGCUGUAUUUGAAGGAGAAGGGGGGCAAUGGGUUUAAUGUGACUGACUAUUCGGAUCGAGUUCCGGCUGUGUAUCCAUUGAAUGUAAGUAAUGAGUUGGAGUUUAUAGAGCUGGUUAGAGUGCUGGCUGCUGGAGAUCAGCUUUUGAAGGAACUGGUGUGACAUCUUAUAGCUUAAUUUGAUCAGAAUGUGUUUUAUA